CAGUGAUGUCAUCAUUCAUUACCAUAAAGCAACCAAAGUUACAAACUUUUGACUUUGUGAUGUGAAAGAAACUUUAAAUUUUAAGGUAAGGAAAAGAAACUCGAAAAAAGGUCGUGAGUUGUGUGAAAGUCACGAAACAGUCAAAAGGAGCGGAACUUCCUUCGUAAGGUUUGAACAGUCAAAAGUUGCAUUAGGAGAGUUAGAUAAACAAUAAUGUAAUUCUUAAGCUGCUAAUUCAUUGGUUUCACUUCUUCUCUAACUUAUUUUUGUUUUCUGGAAUCGGCUUAUACGAGCAAUUCUAUAUGGCUUAUUCUUCUUCAUUCUCUUCUCAUAAUUGGUCAUAUGACGUUUUUCCAAGCUUCAGCGGAGGAGAUGUCCGCAAGACAUUCAUGAGCCACUUUCUGAAGGAGCUAGAUCGGAAACUUAUCAUUGCUUUCAAAGAUAACGAGAUCAAGAAAAGCCGAUCGCUUGAUCCCGAGCUUACAAAGGCGAUCAAGGAUUCAAGGAUUGCAGUGGUCAUUUUCUCCACAAACUACGCCUCUUCAAGCUGGUGUUUAAAUGAGUUGCUUGAGAUCGUGAAGUGCAAGGAAGAGUGUGGUCAAGUGGUCAUACCAGUUUUCUACGGUUUGGAUCCUUCCCACGUGAGGAAACAGACCGGAGACUUUGGGAAGAUCUUUAACAAGACAUGCCAAAAUAAAACAGAGGACAAGAUCAUUCGAUGGAGGGAAGCUUUGACUGGUGUAGCUAACAUCUUUGGAUAUCAUAGUGUCACCUGGGCUAACGAAGCAAAGAUGGUCGAAGAAAUAGCGGAUGAUGUUUUGGAUAAAUUGAAUUUAUCUCCAUCAGAUGAGUUUGAGGAUUUUGUUGGAAUUGAAGAUCACAUCAGAGAGAUGAGUUCAUUGCUGCACUUGGAUUCCAAGGAGGUAAAAAUGGUCGGGAUAUGGGGUCCCUCCGGAAUUGGCAAAACUACCAUUGCAAGAGCUCUAUUUAGUCGGCUCUCUCGCCGGUUCCAAAAUAGUGUUUUCAUAGACAAGGUUUUCAUAUCCAAGAGCAUGGAGGUUCAUAGAGGAGCUAAUCUAUGUGACUAUAACAUGAAGCUGCACUUGCAACGAGCUUUUUUGGCUGAAGUUUUAGAUAAGAGAGAUAUAAAGAUAGAUCAUAUAGGUGCAGUGGGAAAGAUGCUAAGGCACCGAAAAGCUCUUAUCUUUAUUGAUGAUUUGGAUGAUCAAGAUGUGCUAGAAGCCUUAGCAGGAAGAAUUCAAUGGUUUGGAAGUGGGAGUCGAAUAAUUGUGGUUACAAAAGAUAAGCAUUUAUUAAGGGCGCAUGGGAUUGAUCACAUUUACGAGGUCUCUCUCCCAUCUUAUAAACUCGCAGUGGAGAUGUUUUGUCGAUAUGCUUUUAGAAAAAGUUCUCCACCUGAUGGUUUUGCGAAGCUUGCUUCUGAAGUUGUAUUGCGUGCAGGUAGCCUUCCAUUGGGUCUUAACGUUUUGGGUUCUAGUUUACGGGGUAGGGACGUAGAAGAUUGGCCGGAUAUGCUGCCGAGGCUUCGGAAUGGUUUGGAUGGAAAAAUUGGAAGAACAUUAAGAGUCAGCUACAACGGAUUAAACAACAAGAAAGAUGAAGCAAUAUUUCGCCACAUUGCAUGUCUUUUCAAUGGUAAGGAAGUCGAUCACAUAAAGAUGAUGCUAGCAGAUAGUGACCUAGAUGUUCAUAUUGGGCUUAAGAAUUUAGUCGAUAAGUCUCUUGUACAUGUAAGAGAAGAUAAUGUGGUAAUGCACUCUUUGCUACAAGAAAUGGGUGAAGAGAUUGUUCAUUCACAGUCCGAUGAGCCUGGAGAACGAGAAUUCCUUAUUGAUUCGAAGGAUAUUUGCCAUGUGUUUGAAAAUAACACUGGUACUAAAAAGGUUUUGGGUAUAGCACUGAAUAUGGAUACGAUUAAAACUCUUCAUGUAUACGAGAAUGCGUUCAGAAGGAUGUGUAAUCUCCGUUUCUUAGAGUUUGACUCGCAAAGCCAUUAUAUGUUAGGAAGAGCGGGUCAAUCACAUUUACCAGAAAACUUCAGCUAUUUACCCUCUAGUCUCAAAUUAUUGUGUUGGUACGGGUAUCCAAUGAGAUGUAUGCCUUCUAAGUUUUGUCCUGAAAACCUCGUUAUGCUAAAAAUGCGGAUAAGCAUGCUCGAAAAGCUGUGGGAAGGAGUUGUGUUGCUUCCAUGUCUCAAGGAAAUAAAUUUGUGGGGAUCUUCAAACCUCAAAGUAAUCCCGGAUCUUUCAAAAGCCACAAAUCUUGAGAGACUUUAUCUUGGGCUUUGCUCAAGUUUGUUGGAGCUUUCUUCUUCGGUUCGAGAUCUAAAAAAACUGAGAGUUCUGCUGAUGAAUUUAUGCGUAAAAGUGGAGACUAUUCCAGCCGGCAUUUAUCUCAACUCUCUCGUGCACCUUGAUCUCGAGGGAUGCUCAAGGUUUAAGACUUUUCCCGAAAUCGCAGAGCAAGAUCUAACACAUACAAACCUAAAGAGUGAGAAACUAAGGGAAGUAGUGCAUAAGGUAUGUAGUUGUUCUAAACUUUAACCUACAAAUAUGUCCAAAAGAGAGAAAAUAUGCAACACAUGUUGCGUAUAAAUUCAAUUAGGGCCGAAGCCCGCAGUCCGAGCACGCCCAACCCUAUAAAUUUCUAGGUUUGGACUUUAUUAUUUAAACUUAAAAAACCAGACUUUUCGGACUUAGUCAAUUUGGGUUUUGAAUAUUUUGGACUUAAGUUCGUUUGGGAUAGGACCGGCUUGAAAGCCCGCAACUUAUAUUUUAAUUUAUUUAGUUAUGUAAAAUAGUUAAAUUUUUAUUAAUUUAAAAUACUUUCUUAAAUUGUAAGUAAAAUAUAUGGGUUUUCGAAAGCGUGUUCCUUUCCAAUCGUCUUCAACUUAUAUUUUAAUUUAUUUAGUUAUGUAAAAUAGUUAAAUUUUUAUUAAUUUAAAAUAUUUUCUUAAAUUGUAGGUAAAUAUAUGGGUUUUCGAAACCGUGUUCCUUUCCAUCUCAAUGGUUUAAAGACAUAAUGUGAAUUUCAUAAUAAAGUAACUUAAUUACUCGAUGACAUGUGAAUUAUUGACCUGUAUACUACUCUAAGAAGAUACUAGAGAUUGAUCCGCGCACCUGCACGAGUAUUAGUUUUUUAUAUUUUUAUACAUUGAUAUUUAUUUUUCAUAAUUAGUGUUAUAUAUUUUAGUUGGAUCGUAAUAUAACUAAUUAUAUCCAAAAGACCUGGACCGAAUAGAGUAAUAUGGUUAUUUUUGGUAUAAAUAUCCGAACCUAUUUCAGAUAUAUUUGUUAUUUAAAUAUUUUAUAUUCCUAUAUAUCAGACCCGAACUCAUCCAGAUCCAGAAAAACCCAACUCGAAACCCAUACAUAAAUUUAUAAUAUUCUAGCGGGGCCUAAUUUCAAAAAAAAAAUGAUACCUGAAAAGAACAACCCGUAUCUAAAUAGAUAGUCAAUGUUCGUGUCUAACUGAUUUUAUAAACUAAUCAAAAUGAUUAUUUCUAUGUGUUUGGAUAAAUUAAGUGAAAUGAAAGAAGUUUUUUAUUUAAUAAAAUAAUUAUAUGGAGUAAAAAGUUAAGUGACAAUUAAUGUAAUACAUUUUUGUUAUUUUGAUUUAAGUUAUUAAUUAUUUACAAAAACAUGCCUUUGAAUUAUGUUUUUGGCUAUGCAAUGUUCCACCGAUUGAAACUAAAAUAAAAAAAAAGAUUUAGUAAAACAAACUAACCUAAAUGUUUAACCAUUGGCAAAACCAAGGUAUUUACAUUUUUGAUUUUAUAAUUGGAUUAAAGUUAAUGUUGAUUAACUAAUAAAUAAAAAUUAUGCACUAUUAUUAUUAUGGUAUUAUAAUUAAUGAUGUGAUGUAUUGUUAAUGUAAUAUAAUUAAUGAAAUUGUUAAACCGAGUGAAAUGUGAAAAUAUAAUUAAUGUAGUUAUAUUAAUGAAAUUACUAAAAGGACACUAUACUUUUUUUUUUUUAUUGUUAUCUAUGUUUCUAGACAUUCUCAUUUAUACUGUUAUUUGUGUUUCCAAACAGUACCAAAAUAUAUUUCAAUUUUAAUAAUAUAGAUGUUUUAUGUUACUCUAUUAGGUGUGAAUUAGUGAGUUAUAUAUACCGGCAAAACAUAUCAAUAACUUUGUUUCACAUUAGAAAAUCAAGAUUUGAUUUGUAUCACGUGAUAGGUUUAAAUAGCAAUUGGCUUUGCGGGACCGGGCCAGCCCGAUUAACACCCCGCUUAUAGGGAUAACCCUGCAUAAUUUCUUAGCCCUAACCCUUGCUUCUGACACAUGACACAGAGCUGAAAAGGGUUGACCAUAAUUAGCCUUGAGGGUUAUAGAGCUUAAUGUUAGCCCAUUUAUUUUGCAUUCAAAUGUUAUACAAUAUUUAGCUAUAUAUUGAAAUUUUAAUUUUGUUCGAUUAUGCAAAUUUUUUUUUUCUGACCACCCCGUAAAAUCAAGUUUCUUUGCCAAAAUCUCAAAAAUGAGUUCUUUCCGCAAAACCAAAAAUCCAGAUUAUAUUAAAAUCCGUAAAUGAAUUUUUACUAAAACCUCAAAUGAGUUUUUAUACCAAAAAUGAGAUUUGUCGACAAAACCACCAAAAUUUAUUUUUCUGCCAAAACCACAAAAUCGUGUUUCCACCAAAAUCCCCAAAUUAUUUUUUUCCCUCAAAACCGCAAAAGAAAGUUUUCCAGUCAAAAUUGAAAAAUUGAGUUUCCCAGCAAACCAGUAAAAAUGAGUUUACCAGCCAAAACAACAAAAUCCAGUUUUUCUAUCAAAAUCAAAAAUUGAGCUUCGUUUUGGCGGAAAUACUAGAUAUUUUAGCUUUGGUGAAAAAAUUUAAUUUGGUGAUUUUGGUGGGAAACUCGAUUUUGCGGUUUUGGCGGAAAAACUUGAUUUUUACGAUUUUGACAGAAAACUCGAUUUCAGUUUGGCGGGAAGACUCAAUUUUUCUUUUUUGCGGAAAAAAAUCGACUUUCAAUUUUGGCUGGAAAACUCGAUUUUGCAAUUUUGGCCAGUAAACUCGAUUUUGGAGUUUUGACAGAAAAAUUUAAAUUUUCAGUUUUGGCGGUAAAAAUCAGUUUUUGCGAUUAGGGUGUGAGAACUCGUUUUUACAGUUUUGUCGGGAAAACUCGAUUUUGUGGUUUUGGUGAGAAAAUUCGGUUUUACGGUUUCAGCGAGAAAACUUGAUUUUUGCAGAAAAACUCGUUUUCCGGUUUUGUCGGAAAUAUUUGAUUUUCUGAUUUUGUGGGAAAACUUGAUUUUUGCUAUUUUAGCGGGAACUUGAUUUAUGUAGUUUUUUUUGCGAGAAAACUUAAUUUUGUGGUUUUGACGGGAAAACUCUAUUUCUUCUAUACAUUUAUAUAACAUGCUUUAUAAAAUUUUCU